AUUUUUAUUUUUAUUAUCAAUAUUAUUCCUUUCUUCUUCUUCUUCUUCCUUAUUACUCAUUUCUUUCUCUUAUAUAAUCUCUACUUUCAAAGACCUAAAAUUUUACAGCCAAAUUCCAAGAAGCAAAAAACCAAAAACAUGGUGAUGAAGUUAUAUUAUCUGGGUUAUUCUUUGUUUUUGGUUUUGGCUCUGGUUUCUGUUCUUGCUUCUGGGUCUGAAAAAGGGCUCCCGAUUCUUACAUUCGAUGAAGGGUAUAAUCAGUUGUUUGGAGAUGAUAAUCUAGUUUUACAUAGAGAUGGUAAAGCUGUUCACUUGACUUUGGAUGAGAGAACAGGGUCUGGAUUUGUUUCUCAAGACCUUUACUUGCAUGGUUACUUCAGUGCUUCGAUCAAGUUGCCUGCUGAUUAUACUGCUGGAGUUGUGGUUGCAUUCUAUAUGUCAAAUGGUGAUAUAUUCGAGAAGAACCAUGACGAAAUAGAUUUCGAGUUCUUGGGUAACAUCAGAGGUAAAGAUUGGAGAAUUCAGACCAAUGUUUAUGGCAAUGGAAGCACCAAUGUUGGCAGAGAAGAAAGAUACAAUCUUUGGUUCGAUCCUGCUGAUGAUUUCCAUCAGUACACCAUUCUCUGGACUGAUUCUCACAUCAUAUUUUAUGUAGACAAUAUCCCCAUUAGAGAGUUCAAAAGAACAGCUGCAAUGGGUGGAGAUUUCCCCUCCAAGCCAAUGUCUUUGUAUGCUACAAUAUGGGAUGGAUCCGAUUGGGCUACCAAUGGUGGCAAAUAUAGAGUCAAUUACAAAUACGCUUCUUAUGUAGCUGAAUUCUCCGAUUUGAUCCUUCAAGGCUGUGCGGUUGAUCCGAUCGAGUUUUCGUCAAAGAGGUGCGACAACGUUCCAAGUCGGGAAAAACUCAUGACCAGAAGCAAGAUGGAUAGCUUUAGGAGGAAGCACAUGACAUACUCCUAUUGCUAUGAUCAAACCAGAUACAAAGUCCCUCCUCCCGAGUGCUUGUUCAAUCCCCAAGAAGCUGAGCGACACAAGAAGUUUGAUCCGGUCACGUUUGGAGGAGGUAGGCGCCACCAUGGGAAACGAAACCACCGCAUCCGAGCAGGCCGGUCCGAGGCUGAUUCCAUUUAAUAAAAAUAAGACCCAUCAUGAUUUAGUUGGGGGGGGAUCAGUUUUGUGUAUAGAGAGAGGUGACAGCAGAUAUACAAACGUAUAUUCCACGUGUUUUUAGGUUUCCCAAUCCAUUUUUAUCAUUUAUGUUACCUCUCUAUAGCUUUUACAGAUUGGGGUCAAUAAAAUACUUUUUUUCCUUCU